AUGGCGCUGCGCGCGAAGUUAUGGGCUGGCGGCUCGCGUGCUAGCCGUAAAAUGAUAGCACCGGACCAGUCGUUUGUCAUCCUUGGGAUGCUAGUGGGGUCUUCUGGACGCCCUUUACAACUGCGUGCCUUCAGCACGCCACCCAAGGAGCGAUCGGACGAAGAAUCGGGCCAAGUGUCUCAGGGCCCAUCGAUGUACCUUCAAAAGGCAUCUUCUACGGCCAAGGAUCUUGUGGAUCGGAGCUUAUUCCACAACUAUCCACGCUCCCUGCGGCAGCUAGCGCUCAAAGCGCGCUCUUUUGCGCAGAGCAACGGACAAGGACCCGAUACGGACAAGCACGGGAAGGAACAGCGGCCCACGAAGGACGAACUACUCCGGAUUGCACGCGGAUUCUGGACACGCAUGCGCAUUCGCUUCAAGUGGUUUACGAUCCGUGGCUUCCGGCGCUUCAACAUUGACGACCUCAGCGCGUUCUUCACGCUGGGCGGCCUGGGCACCGCCAUCUGGGUGAUUGUCGGCACGACGACGUUUGUGUCAGUCAUUUUUGCCACACUCAACGCGCUUAAUCUACAGGAGUGGUUUGCCAUGCAAUUGACUAAAUUCCUCUCGCGACAAACGGGGUUCACGAUCGUGUGCGGCAGUGCCAUUGUACCCAAGUGGAAGGAGGGGCGCAUUAGCUUCAAAGAUGUGGUGAUUUCGCGUCGAGCUGAACCCAUGGAUCCGGAGCGGCUCCGGGCAGAGCGUCAGUCUCAAGACACGGAUACCCGGCGUCUGGACACCCAUCUGUUGGAAAUGCGACUGGGUGACGAGCCUACGAUCCCCGCAUUUGACACAGGCGAUCAUCUCGUGCGUCCCAUUCGUGAGGAAGAUGCGAAGAAGCGCGAGAGUCACGCUGAUACCAACUUUUCCAUGUUCGAGCUGCGCGUAGACUCGAUUGAUGUGCAGCUCAGUCUACGUCGGUGGCUCGAUGGACAUGGCUUCCUUCACAAGAUGGAUGUGCGUGGAAUUCGCGGCAUUGUGGAUCGACGGCAUGUGUUCUGGGACCCGGAUGUCCCGUACGAUCCGCGCCUGGCACGCCGCACACCCAAGCCGAAUGACAUUGAUCUGGAUUCGUUCACGAUCGAGGACUUUUUGGUCACCGUGUAUCAGCCCGGGGAUUUCCGCCCCUUUAAUGUGAGUAUCUUCAAUGCUAGCUUCCCGCGUCUACGGACACAAUGGCUGUUCUAUGACAUGCUGAAUGCCGAUUCUAUGACAGGACAGCUGGACGGCUGUCUGUUCAGCCUGCACAAGCCCCAGAGCGCCUACCACACAACACGGAGCAUGUACAGCAAAGUUGGAAAAGACCAUGCACCCUACAUUCAAAACUGGGUACGCCUUGCUACUAACGACAGUCGCGUCUGCGUGUGGACGGCGUCAACAUUGACCAUGUACAAAAAAUGGCCGGCUUGGCCGGGCCACUCAUGUGGAUCUACUCGGGCCGCUUUGACUGUAUUGGUGGCCGAUAUCAAAUUCCCCCGGCAAUAUGGCGAAGAUGUCGACAUCAAUAUGGUCAUCUCUGAAAUCUUGGAGAACCUCAAUAAUACGUUUGCGCCGGGUCGCUACGAGUCAAUACACCCUGAUGACGAGCUCAUUCCCGGACAGCCAGUGCUGAGCGGCCCUGCAAUUCUGGCGCCCGUCACCGCUGUGGGUCCCGUCGCAGAGCGGGCGCGGCAGCAGCGCGCCGAGCACGACGAGGCAGCGCGCCAGCGCCAGCGACCGCGCAUCGGGCCACCUGUUCCCGCGGACGAGGUGUCUGAGUCGGACCGCGAUUGGCAUCUCUCGAUGAACGAGGUGGGCGACGCGCCGGGGAUUCCACCCUCGGUGGUCAUCGAGCUUGAUAUUCGCUUCAAGGACAUCAAAGCAUCCAUGCCCAUCUUCACGCGCGCUCUGAGCUACUCGACCUAUGCCCUGGCGCGGCCCAUCGUGGCCUUUAUGAAUGCGAACAAAACCUUGAUUCCAGUGAACUGCCGCGUGGUGAUGGACCUGGUACGCUCAAUGAGACUGACGCAACAGAGCGAAUUCGACGGGUCCCUUGAUCUUUCUCAAACGGGCCUGCCCCCUCUCGUAUCGGACAAGAUCUGGGAGGCCAUGGCGAACCAUGUGGCGUCACAGCAGGCGAACAACCAACGGGUGCGCAAUGUCAGCUUGUGGACACUGAGCCUAGUGGCACAGUCACUCCUGCGCAUCGUGCGCCAUCUGCGCAACACGCUGGUGCGGGCUAUGCCAUCGGAGGUGCCAGCUACGUAA